AUCAUCCAAAUAUGAUCAUUGGCCAAGCUACGUUGGGCUUGGAGAUCAUGAGUCAAAAUUCUUGCGCCGACACAGUUUUGUUGCCGACGACAAUCAAUGGUUGCGGAUUGUCAUUAGGUAUCGCAAUAGCCAUCAAAGGAUGUAAUCGAGCGGUGAAAAUUAUUGAGAUCCAUAGUGAAAACACCGAUACUUUAUUUCAUCGCUUGACAAGACACACGACUACGACUAUGGAGUUGGACAUUCCCGAGAGAGAAUAUCAAACGUGUAAGACGAAUUUCCGACAGUCCGUGUUUGACGAGAUUAUACACGUAGAAGAAUCGUUGGUUGAGCAGACGCAUGAAUACCUACAUAGGGCUGAAGGUUAUAGGGACUAUUAUGCAGCGAUUGCUUUAGCGCCGAUUUUAGCCGAGAUGAUGAAUGACCUAAAGGGAAGAAGGGUGGUAGUACCAAUUUACGGCAGGAUGGACUCGACUAAGGAUUUGGAGGAACGAGGAUUAACAGCUCGUGCUGGCCCCUUAAAAACAAUCUGGAUGUAGUUAUCGUUACAUUUUUGGACAGAUCACUGACGAAGUUGAAUAAUGAAGAGAAUCGUACAUGUCUAUUGUAAGCAAAAUCAGAAGUGCAGAACAAGUCGGGGCGGAAUUCGAUUAGAGUCGCGGAAAGAAACAGUUGCAAUGACGAUGGCUUCCAAUCAGGAACUUAAUACCGAAACAAUUUUAUUACAAAUUUUAUACAGUAUCGGAUAUAUUUGUAUUAAAAAAAUAAAAAAAACUAAAACAAAUAAUGGGCACACGCAUAA